CCCAUGUGUCCAGUCAUGAAACAAUGCUUAAAACCACUACUGUAGUACAGACCUAAAGUUCAAAUUGUAUGAGAUAAUUCUAGUGCUUGUAUUUGACUUUCGUAAAUGCUAACUUUUGUGUGUGAAUACUUCUGAAAAGGACUAUGCUCUGAUGGGUGUUUAAUCAACAAAUCCUAAUUUAUAUUUAUAAUUAAUAACGUUAACAACUGGACUACUUGAACUUUUCAGUGAAAACUGAAAAUAACAAAAUGGUAUCCACGACUAGAAGCAAAUACGAAUUGGAGUAUUUUGUAUCUGUAACAACAUUUCUGUCCUUGGCAACUGUCGUCAUGGGCCAUGGACGACUGAUUGAUCCGCCAUCCCGGUCGUCUGCUUACAGAUUUGGCUUCGGCACUCCACGGAAUGAUAACGACCACCAGCUUAGCUGUGGAGGAUUCUGGAAUCAGUGGGGCAGAAAUCAAGGCCGUUGUGGUGUUUGUGGGGAUCCCUAUCAAGGGCCUCGUGAAAACGAGGCUGGUGGAAAAUAUGCGACAGGGACAAUAGUGCGACAUUACAGGGAAGGGCAACAGAUUACCGUGGUAAUCGAUAUGACCGUAGGACACGGUGGAUUUUCCGAGUUUCGGAUAUGUCCGAAUAAUGAUGUACACAAAGCUAUCACACAGCAGUGUUUAGAUCAACACCUUCUGGCGACGCCUAGCGGAGAAACGCGCAUAGAACACGGACAUGUGACUGGCCUCUUGAGAUAUAAAUUGAAACUUCCACGUGGGCUCACGUGCACUCAGUGUGUUCUACAGUGGAAAUGGAACACUGCUUCAAACAAUAACUGCAAUUACGUCACCCAUGAAAAUUGUUGCGAAGGAUGUGGGCCACAAGAACAGUUCUACGGUUGUGCUGAUGUUUCAAUCGGGCAUGACUCCAAUGCUGGUCGUUAUACAACGCGGAGAACCACAAAAAUCCCGUUCAAGCCAAAUAUUUUUGGACACACGCAGCCAAGUGGCUUUAUUCCGAUUGAUAUUUUUGGCCGUGAGCUGAAAGAACCAAACUAAUUUUAAACAGGAUUCCUUCCACUGGUAAUGAGAGGGAGUGACAAUAAUGCGAAAGUAGGGAAAUCUAGGUCUACAUAAAUAACUCUCCUUGGAUACGGUAUUGUACAUGUGUUGAAAAUCAUCUAAAAUAUGACAUUCGUUUAAUGUUUUAUGAUACAUUGUUGUCCUUGUUGUUGUUGUUAAUGAUAAUAACAAUGAUAUUGUUUUGGUUGUUGUUGUUGUAGCAUUUAGAUAAUAUAAGGGUAUUCUACCAUAGCAAAGUUGCAAUUCAAAGUCAAGGGAGAAACAUAGACACAUUUGUUUCAAUACAAAUUAAACGACAUGCUUGUGUGUGUGUGUGUGUGUGUGUGUGUGUGUGUGUGUGUGUGUGUGUGUGCAUGCCUGUGUGUGUAUGUGUUAUUUUUCAAUCAGUUGAGAUAUACUCCUUAAAUUUGAUUCCCCUUUUCGUAAAAAAACAUUGUUUUCUAUUUUGAUGGAUGAAGGAUCCGUUUCAUUUUGAAUGCUAUUUGCCUUAUUGGAUUCUUGAAGAACUGUAAGAAUAUUGUAAUUUUCUCAUGAGCAGUAAUACUGUUUUUUUUUGUAAAAAAUGCAAACACACAAUGUUUUCAUAUUCACUUCUUCCAACAAAAGUAAGACGUUUGUAAACUAAGUUCUGCAAGAAAUCACUGUUUGGUAGUAUAUUCAUAUAGUUGAUGAGCCGAUAGGUUGGUUGGUACCAUCUGGGGUGAUUAAUUCUCAUAUAUAGUUAUUUUUGGCAAGGUAUACCUUGAGUUAGAUGAUAUGUAAUAGAAUUGUAUAGGCGUAAAAUUGUGAUAUCGUGAUAUCGUCCGGUUUAUGUGCCUACCCUUAAAAACGCUAUUUGGAUAUUUGCCAAGUAACAGAUAAUACAUUCUUACUUAACCUGACAGCAUUUUGUUAUCAGUCAUAUUUUCACAUUCAAAUUUAUCUUACCUAUAGUCAUGAUCAUUUUGCAAUCUGACUAAAGUGCAUCACCUAUUACGCUAUACAUAGGAUCUGACAACGAGCUAUAAAUAGCCUCGUUCUGACGACCCUUUCGCUAGCCAAUCAGAGCUUAACUAACAACAUUUUGCAAAUCUAUAGUUAGCCUUGAUUUUUGAUAUUUACAAUUCUUAUGUCGCAAUGUGACAGAUAGCCGGUUAGCGCAGUCGGUAGGCCACUUGCUCUGUAAGCGAGGGGUCCCGGGUUCCAGCCCUGGAUUGACUGUGCAUUUUUCUUACUCUUUGACAUUUGAACAAGUCGUCUGAUUAGUUCAAAUAAAAUAGAUUCGCGAAAAUUAAAAUAGCAAUAUAUACAGAAGACGAAUGUGAAUGGGUCAUUCUCAGAUCUUCGUUUAGAAGAUCAAGUACUUUAGUCAGAUUGGAUUCUUUUGAUUCUCAAUAAAAAGUACUCCGCAUGCUUAAAGCAGCGUGCCUCCAGAUCGUUCGACAACGAAAUAUACAGUAUAUAUAUUUUUAUAUAUUUUGAAAUAAAUGCUAUAUUUCUUAAGAAGGCUUUAAAACUAAAUUACUGACAAACUUUCUGUUACGGAAACACUUGAGAAUUUGCUGUUUUUACUACUUUUUCCGAUGAAAAUUGAAAAGCGUUUGUCACGCUUUUACUCCAGGUAAAUUGUCUCGGUUAUAAAUAUCUAUAUUUUGAAGUCAUUAUUCACUACUUCAGCUUUAGCGUUAUUGAUAACCUCGACGGGAAAAUGUCUUUAUUGCCGCAGCGGUCCGGGGUUCGAUUCCCGACGCGGUCAUACUUUUUCUUGAUUUGGAACUUUUAAAGUAUGUUAGAAACAAAAAUUCAUAUUCUAAUGUUUAUAAUAUGAUCAAACUUCAAUUUGAAAGAAAGAUUUUUUUUAGCCAAAUCUAGAGGCAUGCUGCUUUAAAAUAUGAUUACUGUGCCAUCGGUGAUUACUUAUAGACCAUAACCUAUAGCCAGUGUGAUAAAUCAUACCACUUUCAGAAAAAGUCUCAGAUUAUGAUUAAGUGUUGAUAAGUGAAUACAAGAUGAGAAACACAUUUAUUUAAAUGCGUUAAUAGCAAGUUUAUUAAUUAUUGUGUCUAACAAUGUUUUUUUCUUUGUAUAUAAAAUUAUGUCACUCAAUAAAAGAAAAACAAAUAUUGA